UUUGCGUUGUUCAACUUGGCUCUUAAAGAUUUUAACUUUAGGUGGUCAGAAGGUGGGGUAGAAGGGAAAAGAUACAGACACACACCGAGAGAAAAGCAUCCUUAUAGGAGAGACAGCUCCCUUUCAGAUAGGAAUCUGGGACAGAUUUUGCCAACAGCCAGAAGCUGGGCCCUUUGGUAAUAAAAUAGCCAAUGUAAUUUGACACUUCAACUUGCUCUGCUCUCUGCUAGUUGAUUCACUUAUUCUCCCACUAACACUGAGCUCCUUUUCACUGUCUGUGAGAGGCUUUCCCCCCCAUUAUUAUAAAAAAAGGCAAGAAAUGAGAGGUUUUUGUUUUUUAAAAAUGAAAAUUUAAAAGCUACCUGAAGGAGACCUGCAAAGCCAUUGGAGAGAGGAAAUAUUUUGCUUUGCCUGCUUUCUUCCUUAUGAAUUUUCCCUGCUUUCAAGCCUCUGCUAAUUUCCCCCCCAAUCUGUAGGGUUUGAAAUUAAAUGAGGAAUUUGACUAGUGUUGAUUGCACUGGAUUGGCUUCAGUUCAUACUUUGGGAUAUCAAGUUGGAAAGACCUUGUGUGUUGUGGAUGAAGGCAUUGCUCUUGGCUCCCUUUCUCCUUGUCUCCCUGUAAAAGAGCUCCUGUAAACUAAUUGAUGGUGGCCUCUUCAGAGAUUUGAAAGAAAGGGUCUGAGGAAUUAAAGGUAUAAGGAUUCAUUUGCUGUGAAGUUGUGCAUCUUGCCCUUGGUGUUGAGAGUGGGAUUAAAGUCAGACCAGAAGUUUGUAUUCCUAAAUGCUGAACCAUUUCAAGGAAAAUCUUGUUAUGUGAAGCUACAGAGAGCCUAGUUAUCGGGUGCUGUGGGGUAAGAGGUGCUUGAGGAAUACUCAGCUGCAAACCAUCCAGCUGGUCAUGGGUUUCAGAGCUUCAGCAAAUACAGUCUCCCUCCAAGAUCUUGGAAUCUGUUAACUGAUUAUAAAGUGCCUGAAUUCCUUCAGCGGAGAGGAAUGUGGAAGUCACAGCAAAGGGAAGUUCUGUGUUGCUUGCUGUUGCCAAAGAAAGCCAGGUGGUUCUGGAGCAAGAGAGCUGGAAGCUUGAAGGAUUUUAAUGGCUUUCAGGUAGAAUCCAAGUGGAGACAAUCAAAAUGAAUUCUAUGGACAGGCACAUACAGCAGACCAAUGAUCGGCUGCAGUGCAUAAAACAGCACUUACAGAAUCCUGCCAACUUCCACAAUGCAGCUACAGAACUCUUGGAUUGGUGUGGUGAUCCAAGAGCAUUCCAGAGGCCCUUUGAACAGAGUCUGAUGGGCUGUUUGACGGUUGUUAGCAGAGUGGCAGCACAGCAGGGCUUUGACCUGGACCUUGGAUACAGGCUGCUGGCCGUUUGUGCAGCCAACAGGGACAAGUUUACGCCAAAAUCAGCUGCACUGCUUUCAUCGUGGUGUGAGGAGCUGGGACGGCUCUUGCUGCUGCGCCACCAGAAAAGCCGGCAAAACGACCCCCCGGGGAAGCUACCCAUGCAGCCACCCAUGAACUCCAUGAGCUCCAUGAAACCCUCCCUUUCACAUAGGUGCAUAUGUGACGGCUGCCAUCUUGACAGACCCCAGAGAUUGAAACGGGGACCUCCAGAGCUGAAAGCUGAUGGGUCUUUCCCUUAUGAUUCUGUUCCUUGGCAGCAAAACACCAACCAACCACCAGGCUCCCUAUCAGUGGUCACUACAGUAUGGGGAGUGACCAAUACCUCCCAGAGCCAGGUGCUGGGGAAUCCCAUGGCAAAUGCUAACAAUCCUAUGAACCCAGCAGGCAACCCCAUGGCUUCUGGGAUGACUACUAGCAAUCCUGGAAUGAAUUCACCUCAGUUUGCUGGGCAGCAACAGCAGUUCUCUGCCAAGGCUGGCUCCAACCAGCCAUACAUACAGCAGGGCAUGUAUGGAAGGCCCAACUACCCAGGGAGUGGAGGCUUUGGAGGAAGCUACCCAGGAGGCCCUAAUAACCCUGCAGGAAUGGGUAUCCCGCCCCACACCAGGCCGCCUGCUGAUUUCAGUCAACCAGCCGCUGCUGCAGCUGCUGCUGCAGUUGCAGCCGCAGCAGCCACAGCCACAGCUACAGCCACAGCAACAGUUGCGGCCCUUCAGGAAACUCAGAACAAGGAAAUGAACCAGUAUGGACCGGUUUGUUCCUCUUUCCAGAUGGGUCCAGCUCAGGCUUAUAACAGCCAGUUCAUGAACCAGCCUGGCCCUCGUGGUCCUGCUUCCAUGCCGGGCAGCAUGAACCCUGCAACUAUGGGAGCAGGCAUGACACCUUCCAAUAUGAGCGGGCCACCUAUGGGCAUGAACCAGCCCAGGCCGCCUGGAAUGAGCCCCUUCAAUCAUGGGCAAAGGAUGCCACAGCAAGCCUACCCUGGCCCACGUCCCCAGUCUCUGCCUAUGCAGAGCAUGAAGAGACCGUAUCCAGGAGAGCCAAAUUAUGGAAACCAGCAGUAUGGACCAAAUAGUCAGUUUCCAUCCCAGCCUGGUCAAUAUCCAGCUCCCAACCCUCCACGACCCCUUACAUCUCCUAAUUAUCCUGGACAAAGGAUGCCAAACCAGCAAAACACAGGGCAAUAUCCUCCUCCAGCAGUCAACAUGGGACAGUAUUACAAGCCAUCAAGACCUGUUCCUGUGGCAAAUUACCCUCACUCGCCUGUUCCAGGAAAUCCCACACCACCUAUGACUCCAGGGAGCAAUAUUCCUCCAUACUUGUCCCCUAAUCAGGAUAUCAAACCACCAUUCCCUCCUGACAUUAAGCCAAAUAUCAAUACUUUACCGCCACCUCCAAAUGCUAAAGGGAAAGUUCACGCUUUCUCUCCCUCUUCGAUCCCAGCCAACCACAACGAUGAGCUGCGCCUGACGUUCCCUGUGAGAGAUGGGGUGGUAUUAGAGCCCUUCCGGCUGGAGCACAACUUGGCAGUCAGCAACCAUGUUUUUCACCUACGGCCUACUGUCCAUCAGACACUCAUGUGGAGGUCAGACUUGGAGCUACAGUUCAAGUGCUAUCACCAUGAAGACAGACAGAUGAAUACCAAUUGGCCAGCAUCUGUUCAAGUCAGUGUCAACGCAACUCCACUUACCAUUGAACGUGGCGACAACAAGACGUCACAUAAACCCCUGCACCUCAAACAUGUCUGCCAGCCAGGAAGAAACACAAUUCAAAUUACUGUCACAGCAUGCUGUUGUUCCCACUUGUUCGUAUUGCAGUUGGUACACCGGCCAUCAGUACGUUCUGUACUUCAGGGUUUACUAAAGAAACGUCUCCUUCCAGCUGAGCACUGUAUAACUAAAAUCAAGAGGAAUUUUAGCAGUGUGGCCGCCUCCUCUGGUAAUGCAACCCUAAAUGGCGAAGAUGGAGUGGAGCAGACGGCUAUCAAAGUAUCUCUGAAGUGUCCAAUCACAUUCCGGCGGAUCCAGCUUCCAGCAAGAGGCCAUGAUUGCAAACAUGUACAGUGCUUUGAUCUGGAAUCCUACUUGCAGCUGAACUGUGAACGAGGGACGUGGAGGUGUCCUGUAUGCAAUAAAACAGCUCUGCUGGAAGGCCUGGAGGUUGACCAGUAUAUGUGGGGCAUUCUGAACGCUAUACAAAACUCUGAGUUUGAGGAAGUCACAAUCGACCCAACAUGCAGCUGGAGGCCUGUCCCGAUCAAGUCAGACAUCCACAUCAAAGAUGAUCCAGAUGGCAUUCCUUCUAAGAGGUUUAAAACCAUGAGUCCCAGCCAGAUGAUCAUGCCUAAUGUGAUGGAGAUGAUUGCAGCCUUGGGUCCAGGUCCAUCACCUUAUCCAUCAAUUCCUCCCCCACCUGGGGGCACCAAUUCCAGCGAAUACAGUAACCAAGGUAACAGUUACCAAGGUCACAGCAACUUCGAUUUCCCCCAUGGGAAUCCUGGUGGAACUUCUAUGAAUGACUUCAUGCAUGCACCUCAGCUGUCACACCCUCCAGACAUGCCCAGUAACAUGGCAGCUCUCGACAAACCCCUCAGUCACCCCAUGCAGGAUCCUAUCCCUCAUCCCGGCAGCACUGAUCAAUCCCAUAGUUCCAUGCAGCAAAGUAUGCACGUACCUCAUCCCAGCAGCCAGUCAGGGCAGCCAUUACAUCACAGCGGUCCUCCUACCCAGCAGUCCCGGCAGCCACCACAGGCCGCUUCUAGCAACCAUCCACACAAUGACCUGGCCUUUAACCCCUCCUCAGCCUUAGAAGGUCAGGCUGGUGGGCAGGGAGCAUCUGACAUGCCGGAGCCAUCGCUGGAUCUGCUUCCAGAACUCACAAAUCCAGAUGAGCUACUUUCAUACCUGGAUCCUCCUGACUUACCAAGCAAUAGCAAUGAUGACCUUCUUUCUCUCUUUGAGAACAACUGAAGCCUUCUGUGUUUUGUCUCCAACACCUUUCACUUGUUUGACACAUCUGUAGCUUCACAGUGAGGAAUCCCAGAACACCCUUUUCCAUGACAACAAACUCACAACUUGAGCAAAUGGUGCACACUCCCUACUUUCUUCAUCUCAGAACUGCUUGAGUCAAGCUUUACUAAUGGUAGGGAAAAGCAAGAGGAGAAUAUAGUGGUGACUUUAUAGACUACCACUCCACAUCACAGACCGUUUGUGCAGCUAUGGAAAACCUCACUCGUUAAUUCAGCAGAGUUACAAGAAUGAGUUUUUUGGGAUAUGCAUAGCCAGAAGUAUCCUGGUAGAAGCCAGUAUCAGCAAGGGGAAAAAAGGCAACAGAACUAUUCUUAAAUGACCUGUUUCAGAAUGUCCUUCCAACACGUGUUCUUCCAUGGGUUUCCCCCCUUAUUCUCUAGUGUCUGUUCUACUGUGUUCCUUCCCUGCCUCCCCCAGUCUGUACUUUUGUGUCAGACGGAAUAAGGACAAAAAUUAUCUGGCAAUGCAUUCAGACAAGCCAAACAAACUCAAACCAUAAAACACAUACCAAAAAGCACAAAAUAUUCAAUAAAGAUGUCACAAGUAGGAUUAAAAAAAUACAAAAUGCAUCAAAGGGAGGUAUAUGUUGUUUAGACAAUGGUUUCUCUGUGGUGGAAGAGUCCUGUGAAUCUCCAGGCUGCAGCAAACGUGUUUUUUUUAAAUUGUAGCAAUUUUUUAAUUAAUCAUGUGGGCAGGGUAACCCCUUUGCUCUUACCGAGAGACUUGGAUACCUUGUUUUCUUCUGUCUCUCCCCCUCCCCCCACCUUUUAAAAAAAUUAUUUGUUCUUAUGAGAUUUGGUUUCAGACGACUGCUUUUUGUGAUGCUGUAGUGGCCAACCAUUAAGUUGGGAGGGGGAAGAACCAUAUUCCCAUAUAAAGUGGGGAAAGAGAUAAACUGUCGAUUGUCACCAAGAGCUUUCCGUUUUCCUAAUCUGUGCAGUUAGACCAUUGCUCAGUUCCUCAGCAGAAAAGGUGCAAAGAAAGAGCUCACUUCAAGAUGGGGGAGGGAAGCAUCGCCCCCAGUAUUCUUGGAAAUAAUUGGAAUAGGCAUUUGCAAUGGGAAAGACACCUUGUACACCUCCUCAUAGGCUGCUCUGUAUUUUCCAGAUUGUAAUGUGUGGCUCAACCUUUUCAUUUUCUUUUUCAAGUUUGUUGUAUUCUUUAGCUGCCAGGACCUUUUUUGUUUUUCCUUUAAAAGCAACAACAACAACAACAUUUUCCAAGGACAAUGGGCAUGGGAAGAAUAAGUCAUUUUGGUACAAUAGUACAGCACACUCUUGUGCCACAAUGCUUCCAUGGUAUUUGUGCUUCUCAUGUGGUUGCCUCCCUCCUGCAUGAGCUUCCAGUCACUUCUGGGCCCAUUUCUCUGCUCUUGUCAUUCUCUCUUUAUAAAUUAUGUAUAAUAUCUGUGUGUUGAGACGUGCAUGUGUGCCAACUUUGCCCUGGCGGGCCAACAUUUCAUCUUUUGCCCACUGUGUACAGCUAUUCCUUUCUCUGUGAAUAAAGAAACUUUGAUUGCUUCCUUCCUCAACCGAAUCAAAUCAAAUAUCCCCAUAUUUGAUUUCAGUGGUAGGCUUUCAACUUUGUGCAGAUGGAACUCUUGCUUGUCAGUUUUGAUGUGUAAACUCCACCCGCCUUGCCCUCUGUGAAUGGCAUGACAUGUGCAUUCCAUUCUGAAUUUGCUGUCUUCACCAAAGUCAUGCUUGUAAAUUCUUUACGCAUUUGUUUUUAGCAUCUACCACCACUGCUGUAUAUGCAUCUUGUUAUAUAUAUAUGCUAGUCCACAGCACCUUGCUGUAGAUAUUACAGGAAAUGGCAGUUUUAGUUCUUCUAUUAUUUUCCAGUAGGAGUGUUGAAUUUGUAAAACAUUUUAUGUAGAGAUGUUCCUACAUUUAUUUACUCCCCACCCCCUUUGAGUUCCCCCCUCAAAAGAAGCGCUGUUCAUUAUGCAAAAUCAAUUAUUUUAAGAAUUGCUAUUGUAAAUACCUUUUGUGAAUAUUUUAGUAUCGUCUUUUUAUUAUAAUAUUCAACGUUUUCAUGAUCUGGUUAUACAUGUGUUUUAAAAUACAUAGUCCUGAAAAAUACAGUGUGGGUCUUUUUUUUCCUCUCCCUCCUUAAGAAAAAAGUGUUCUUGGACUAAGGGAGCUAUUUUUCCCCCUUUUUAUAAACUAGCCCCUGUCCUUUUCUCAAAUAAGUUAUACAUCUGACUGGUGUCCUAAACUGAUCUGAAAAUAAAUUAUUAUGAGCUGUUAAGCAUAACUAUCUUACAUACAUCACCCAGGCAUUUUGCUCUGUGGACAGACAAGCUAUUUUUAAGGCUCUCAUUUUUGUAUCCUUCUGAAAAUGACACUGUCCUACAGAUAGGUAAGGAAAAAGCAAUACAAGAUAUACACUGCACAAGAGUUCUACUAUUAGACACCUGGGUUAUAAUAUGGUGCCACAACUGUGGUUGGACACUAGUGUGAUAAUACUAAAGCUUAGAGCUUCCUUUUACUACAAACUUUCUUUCUUUCUUUCUUUCUUUCUUUCUUUCUUUCUUUCUUUCUUUCAGCAUUUUGCUGCAUCACUGACAAAUUUUGAAAUCAUUUGUAUGAGCAGCUAGAAGUCAGCUGACUUUUUGUUUCCCCAUCAUUCUUGCUUGUUUUAAGCCAUAUUCAACUUCUUGCCUAUUUGUUUUUAUCACUGAUUUUAUAAAAUUGCUCCCCUACUGUCUAAACUAGGUACUUGAAAUACUUUUUUUCUGUUUAACUGGAAACAGAACCAUUGAAAAACGGAUGUGUUGAGAACUAAUGUUUUGCUGAUGGCAAUCUAAAUGAUCAUAUUAAAAAGUACCUUGAAGAGGCAUAAAAGGGUAAUUCUUGGGACUAAUGAACAUGUUUGUUUUCAUGCUUUCCAUCAUAUGAAGAUGUCUUUUUCUAGUAUGAUAAUUAAAUGUGCAUUUUCGACAGCUGUAGAUUUUAUGUAUACUGAUCUGGUCUAUAGAAAGAGGACACAAAGAUAACUAAAUACAAGGGCUAUCUGAGCUGGAUUUGUGACAAGCAGCUGCCAAGAUUCAGCCACAUACUCGCUUUAUGUUUUAUCAAAGUGCAUAUUUAUCAAAGGAGCAUCUUGCAUGAAGUCAGCCCAGAAUGCCCACACAAGUGGUCACUCAUUAGCAUGUUAAAUUACUGCGACUGUUUCAAGAUAGUAGAAAAAACAAAAAAAGUUAAUUUUUAGUCUGCUCACUGCUAUCAUGUUAAAAUGUGGAGAAAACCUCCCAAAUAACGAGUAAUUUUGUUGGAUGGCAAAUUUAUAUCCCCAAAGUAUUUUUUAUUCCUUGUUCCAGGGGCAUUUGGUUUGGAGGUGUUUUUUUAAAAAAUUGUUUCGUUAUUGACACACACCAGGAAAAGAACCCACAGAGAUUUAUAGUUCUACUGCCAAGGCAUAAUAUAAUUAUUAUUAUAAUUAUUAUUAUAGGAUGAUGAAACCACACUAAUGUCUGCAGUGGAGACUCCAGGGACAUCUGUACAUAUGUAAAUGGCAAAUAGAGACAUGUUAACAGAAAUGCAUUCAUUUUCCUUGGAAUGUGCAUUGUUUUUAUUUUGCAGGAAAAAAAUAAAGCUUGAAGAGCCAUCUUAUGUGGAAAAUGAAUCCUGUUUGUUAGCGUUUGUGAAGUCUCCACAUUUGUUUCAAUUCUUGUAAUAUACUCUGGAUCCUUUGUGGGGGAAACUUCUGUUGCAUUUUUGUUUUACCUUCGUGUAAUAAUUAGCUUAUGUGUACUAGUCUUAUCACCUGUGUAUUUUUAGGGUGCUACAAAAAUAAUGAAGAAAAUAAGGGGAUUAAAUAAAAAAGAUUGUAACCAAAUUCAUACUUUGUACAAUUUUUGAUAUUGUGAUCAGAGGAGAAUUUAAAAAAAAAAGUACAAUCUGAAGUAACAUGCAAAAAUGGCCAUUGUCUUUGUUUGUACAUUGUAUGUACAGUACAAUGCAAUCAUUUCAUACUUUAAAACUGGUCAGAAAAAAAUUGUGAUUUUUAGUCUUGCAAAACCGUAUGUAGUUAGAUGAUGUGACAACCUAAUAUUUAUCUAAUAAAUAUGUAUUCCAAUGAAACCUGUA